GUUCAUAAUAGACCGGAUCUCGAUGCAGUGGUGGAUCGGUUUGACCCAACCAAUAAACCCGUUUUGCUGUUACCUACCAAUAUUUGAAAUUUUUUGUGACGUGAAUACAAGCUAAACGAACGCACAGCUUAUCACCUGCAUCGACGACCAGAAUCCGUGGAGAAAAUUCGCGGGGUGGAGUGAAAUGACGAGCUAUCUUUGGAGGAAACACGCGGAUUAUUUGCACACAAAGUGGGAAAAGACGAUUCUUUGGGACAUGAUUGAGCCAUAUAGACGGCCAAAAUCCUUCACCCCCCUUGUUACUAUCUAUGUAUUUGCAUUUUAUACGGGAGUAAUUGGCGCUGCUAUCACUGAGCAACUUUAUAAGGAGAAAUACUGGGAAGAGCACCCUGGUCAAGCUGUACCCCUAAUGAAGCCAAAGUUUUAUGGCGGACCUUGGAGGGUAGUGAGAGGCGAGGUUCCUGUGUUCAUAAAAGAGUAGCCUGUUGGCUUCGGGUUUUCUCUAUCUCAGAUGGUUGAACGGCAUGGAUGUGCUUAUGCAGUGAGGGAACUGAAAUGUUAGAACAGUUAUGCAUUAUUCUUACCAUUGGACUUAAGAAGAUAGGUUUUAUUGGCUUCUUUUACGUGUAACACUAUUUAGAAUGGAUGUCUACAUCUCUUGUGAUGCCUAUGUAUAUCGAUUGGCUUACAUGCUUUGGUUUAUUCUGAUGACAGUGAUUGAUCCUGUUUAGUUAUAAAAUAAAACAACUUUUGCCUAGA